GCGGGGGGUGGCCUUUUUUGUAUCAAGGUUUCAAUUUUGUAGUGAGAGGUGAGGCAACAUUGGUCUUGGCAGAACAUAGUUAAGCCAGCAGUCAUUAAGUGAUGUAAGCUUUUAUUUUUUUUUCCUUUCUAAAGCACUCUGGCAGGGCUGGCUAUUCCAGUCACAGAAGAAAAGAGGAGACAGAGCUCUCUGAUGUUCUGGAUGGGUGACUAGAAGAAUUUUUGGCAAAGGGAAAACAAAGCACAAUGUGCAUCUUCUUCCAGGGUAGUUGUGGAAUCUUUUUGCUCUUCUGUCGGAAUUGGAGUUAUUCUUUUCAAGCCCCAAAAUGAUGGAACAAGUCAACUAUAGCUCCAGAGAGCUUCAUUUCAUUCCUGUUCGUCUGCUUUUUGCUGUUUAGAUUCUUGUCUUCAGUUCAAAAGAAAGUGGCCCUUGCUGAUCCUGGAUGUUUCUGGAAUUGAGGAUUACAUCACCUUUUUCAGCAGGGUUUUGUGGAGUUGCUGACACUUUAGUGAAAGUAGUGAAUAGAACUACCACUUGAGAUGAACAUGGAUCCCCUCUGUUUGCAUUCCUCCUGUUUGGAUGUUAGAAUCUUGCUACAUUUGGGAGCAGUUGAAUGACAGUUCUUUCAUCUGGACCUGGAAAAAUACUUGGGCCCAUUGUGGGGAGAUAUCAGCUCAAACUUUUGCUAAAGAAAGUGACUACUCUGCAUCUCCACUUCUGUUGAGCACUUCAGCAAGAGGAGGAGCAGAUAAAGACCCUCUAUGUGUUUUGGGGGCUCUAUGUGAACAAUGUCUUGGAAAAGGAAUUAUUUUUCUGUAGGACGGGGAAGUGUUCAGGGAAUGUUUGCCCCACGAAGUUCAACUUCCAUCGCUCCUAGUAAAGGUCUUAGUAAUGAGCCUGGACAAAAUAGCUGCUUCCUCAAUAGUGCCCUGCAGGUUCUAUGGCACUUGGACAUCUUCCGUCGCAGCUUUAGGCAACUGACUACUCACAAAUGUAUGGGAGACUCCUGUAUCUUUUGUGCUCUCAAAGGAAUCUUCAACCAGUUUCAAUGUAGCAGUGAGAAAGUCCUUCCUUCUGAUACACUUCGCAGUGCUUUGGCAAAAACUUUUCAGGAUGAGCAACGCUUCCAGCUGGGUAUUAUGGAUGAUGCUGCUGAAUGUUUUGAGAACCUUCUGAUGAGGAUUCACUUCCACAUUGCAGAUGAAACCAAAGAGGACAUUUGCACUGCUGCUCACUGCAUCUCUCACCAGAAGUUUGCAAUGACUUUGUUUGAACAGUGUGUAUGUACUAGCUGUGGUGCCACCUCUGACCCAUUGCCCUUUAUCCAGAUGGUACAUUACAUCUCUACCACUUCCCUUUGCAACCAGGCAAUUUGUAUGUUGGAAAGGCGAGAGAAGCCGUCUCCAGGCAUGUUUGGUGAAUUGCUGCAAAAAGCCAGUACCAUGGGUGACCUUCGGAACUGUCCCAGUAACUGUGGAGAGAAGAUCCGGAUUCGCCGUGUACUAAUGAAUGCCCCACAGAUUAUCACCAUUGGGCUUGUGUGGGACUCAGACCAUUCCGACUUGGCAGAGGAUGUCAUCCACAGCCUGGGUACUUGCCUCAAACUGGGUGAUCUGUUUUUCAGAGUGACUGAUGACCGAGCUAAGCAAUCUGAACUGUAUUUAGUGGGAAUGAUCUGUUAUUAUGGCAAACAUUAUUCUACUUUCUUUUUCCAAACAAAGAUCCGCAAAUGGAUGUAUUUUGAUGAUGCUCAUGUAAAAGAGAUUGGGCCCAAGUGGAAAGAUGUGGUAACCAAAUGUAUCAAGGGACAUUAUCAGCCUUUGCUGUUGCUCUAUGCUGAUCCACGAGGUACCCCAGUAUCUACCCAGGAUUUACCCCCUCAGGUGGAGCCCCAGUCAUACAGGAGGACAUGCUAUGAUAGUGAAGAUUCAGGGAGAGAGCCUUCCAUCUCCAGUGAUACCCGGACAGAUUCAUCAACAGACAGCUAUCCCUGCAAACAUUCCCACCAUGAGUCUGUGGUCAGUCACUUCUCAUCUGAUUCCCAGGGGACAGUUAUCUAUAAUGUGGAGAAUGACUCUCUGUCUCAGAGCAGUCGGGACACAGGACAUCUUACUGACAGUGAAUGUAACCAGAAGCACAUAGCCAAAAAGGGUUCAUUGACAGAACGUAAGAGGAACUCUAGUCGGACUAGGAGGAGAGCCGAUGAGCCACAGUCUUCUGGAUACCACAGUGAAGGAGAAACACUAAAGGAGAAGCAAGCCCCCAGGAGUGCCCCUAAGCCAUCCAGCAGCACCAGUAGACUAAAAGAUUUUAAAGAAACGGUCAGCAACAUCAUCCAUAGCAGACCAUCUCUGACUUCACAAACCAAUCAAGGAUCUCCCUGUGUGGGAAAAGGAGACCAAGUUGAAAAACGUCCCCCUCGGAGCCUGCCCUUGCACUGUCAAGACUGGGAUGGAGAGAGCACCAGCAGUGAAUCUAAAUCCAGUUCAUCCAGCAAGUACCGUCCAACUUGGAGACCUAAGCGUGAGUCUCUGAAUAUUGACAGCAUUUUCAGUAAGGACAAAAGGAAGCAUUGUGGCUAUACGCAGCUCAGUCCAUUCUCUGAGGACCCAGCUAAAGAGUUUACAUCAAAUGAAUUAAAUAAACCAACUGCAUAUGACCCCAAAACCAAUGGGCCAAGCUUAAAACACAAGAAUUGGGGUCCACCCCGACCUGGUAUUCACCUUAUGGACCAACAUCCUCGAUUAAUCCAGAGGAUGGAAUCUGGCUAUGAGAGCAGCGAGAGGAACAGUAGCAGCCCUGUCAGUCUGGAUGCAACUCUGUCAGAGAGCUCUGGCUCCCACAGGGAUACAAAUGUGAAAAGAGUGCCUGGAUUGGUCCCUGCCUGGCGCCAGAUCCCAAAGUCACACAGCAGUAGCAGCAUACUGGAAGUGGAAUCAGUUUCAUCCAAAAGUAGCUGGACAAAGAACCAGCUCACCUGGAAGGAUAAGAACACAGAACGGGAGUUGUCUUCAUCCUCUAAAAGUGAGCUGGAUGAACUUCAGGAAGAAGUGGCUCGGAGGGCCCAGGAACAGGAACUCCGAAGGAAGCGGGAGAAGGAAUUAGAGGAGGCUCGAGGGUUCAACCCCCACCCCAGCCGCUUCAUGGACUUGGAUGAACUUCAGCAUCAGGGGAGGCGGGACCACGCCGAGAGGUCCACGCGCGAGGCCGACUCGGUGUGGGAGGAGGCGCUGCGCCGGGAGCAGAGAGGAGACUGUGCCGCAGCUUUGGCGCUCUGUAACGAAGCCAUUUCUAAACUGAGACUUGCCCUGCAUGGUGCCAGCUCUAGCACGCUCAGCAGAAGCAUAGUUGAUAAGAAGUUACAAAUCUGUAUCCGAAAAGCACGGAGCCUCCAGGAUCGCAUGCAGCAGCAGCCACCACCACCGCCACCACCACCGCCGCUGGGGGGCUCCCUCCCUCAGCCAACAAGUGAACAGUCUGUCCCGCUCCAAGUACUGUUGAAUCAGGAGGCACAGCUGGAACCCAGCAAGGACACCGAGUUUGGGACCAGUUCUUUCUUCCCCUCAUCUACUUCCUGUCAUGAAUCGCACUCAUUACUGUCUUCAGAGUCACCUUCUCCAUCCACACUACAGUCCGGUUCCCUCAGAAGGUCCUUCCCCAACCUCUUGAUUUCCUCUGAUAAUGUGGAUGGCCAUGCUUUCUCUGCUUUCUGCAGGCAAGGUUUAUCCCACCAGCUGAGGAGGCCUGAGAUGGGUUCUCCCCAAGAUAGAGAACUUGCAGGAGCCCCAACAGAGGGACUGCUGGACUGGAGGAAUAGCAGCAACAGGACUCCCACUCAAGAAGGGAAAAGUACUGGCCAGCAACAGUGCCAAGAGAAAAAUGGUCCUGAAGUUUUGCCUGGCCCAGUACCUCCCUGGUCCCAUUUGGCCCCUGGAGUCUCCCCUGACAGGGGGGACUCACACAAUCCCACCUGUAAUCUCUCAAGUUGUUUAGCUUGGUCUGGCCUCCCCAUGCAUGGGGCCUGUCACUCUAAAGUACCUACUACUUCCUCCCAUUUGCUUCAUUUUCCUCUAGAUUCUACACAGAAAACUAACAGGUGCCCCCAAACCAAUAGUGAUGAAACUUUAUUCAUUUCACAGAGGGAGCAGGGUGUUGAAGAGGUCUUUAAGCCAGAAGUCCCCAGCACAAAGGGACUUGUUCGCUCCCUAGCAGAGCAGUUCCAGAGAAUGCAGGGGGUUUCCACACAGGAUCCUAUUUGUGAAAGAAACUGGGCAGCUUCAGGUCCCCAAAAUAGGAAACUGGCAACUAGAUUGAGAAAGGAGUUGCUCCCUUCAGACUCCAGGAUACCUUUCCCACAAGGACAUGGGAAUGAUCAUUCAUCUGGUGAAAAAGAGCAUAGUUCUUUGGAUGGGAGGGAUAGACAGACUUCUUGGGAAGGGCCCUCUAGUUGUCUUGCUCUUUCCGGAAGCCUUUCCCCGCACAGCAGUGAUGCUUCCUGGGCAGUGGGAUCAAAUGUGGCAGAAUCAGCUAAGCUCCCAGGAAAGCUGUCACAGAUGGAAGAGGUUAGGCCAAAGGAGGUAGGCUCUGGUGAUGACUUAGUGAAUUCUCCUUCCCUGGACCAUUGGGUGGGCAAUACUAGGCGCUCUGGUUCUUUUCCUGAUCAUGAAAAUGGCACAUGGAUUCAUGGGCCUGGGAGGAACCCCUCUCCUCAAGAUCCCUGCGUUGGUCUCAUUCAUCUUGAGAGAAACCAUAUGUAUCUGCACCCACACUGGAAUGAGGACACAGAGCAAGAGGCCUCAGAGUUGGAGUCUCUUUUCCAGGCCAGUCUGCAGACAUCUCAGGCCAACCAGCCUGGGCCAGGGAGGCAGGAUAUGUCACGGCAACCAUUUGGUCAUCCAGGCUCCACAAACAUGAUAGGGAGGAGACUCCACUCGGCCCCUGGCUUUGAUCUCUCACAAAUGUCAGCAGUAGAGAUGGAACACAGUCUCCAUGGGGCAAGCACAGUACCUGUCUCUCAGGCUGUAUCUGGCCGAGGCUCGAUGAAGGACGAGGAAGGAGAGCUGUACACCGCAGAGAAUUUCCGACGCAUUUCACGAAGUCUCAGUGGCACUGUUGUCUUGGGCAGGGAGGAAACUGCCAUGUCUUCUCACAGUUUUGAAACUUCAAACGGGAGGAAAAAACCUUUGGAAACCAGGCACCGUUGUUCCAGCUCCUCUUCCCUCUCUGUCAUCCAUGACCCUCCUGUGUUCCUCCCCAAUCCCCAGAUCCUCCCUCCCCAGCCACAGCUCCUGCCCCCUGAUGUCCUGAUGCCCACCAUGGCAGGGGAGCCCCAUAGACCCCCAGGAACUUCAAGGAGUAUCCAACAGCUUCUGGUUAUGUGUGACAGGGGUGAAGCUUCCCGAGGGGCCAGAUACAUAGAAGGGACCCUGAAAUACCAGAGCCUCCCACGCCCUUCCAGAGCUGAUUCCUCUUGGGGCCCAUUGACAGAGACCAGCCAGCAUUGUGAAACCAGAGCAUUGGCCAUUUCAGAGCUCUGGCCACAGCUGACCAACACUGCCACGCUACCAGACCGAAGCCAGGGACUCCAGGGUCCCCAAUCGUGGGGGAAGCUCUUUCAUUCCCACUCACACUCUUCCAUCAGCUGCCAUCCAUCAUCAUUGCCCAGCACUCUUUCUACACCACCAGAGAUAUCACAGAAUUCUAGCCUUAUACCUAGUUCCUCCCGGGGCCCUGGACCCAGAAGAGUGGACAUACCCCCUGAUGAUGACUGGAGGAAGAACACUUAUGCCCCUCAACCCAGACAUAGGAAAACAGGAAGAAAUGGGCCUCUUUUUGCCACCUCAGAGGUCCACCGAAGGGGGCUGACCUGGGCUACAGCUCCACAGCACAGUGGGUGGUGAGGGGCUUCUCUGUAUUCUUCUUGGCUUUCUCUCACAUUAAUGUGCCAUGUCAGAGCUGGUGCCCAAUAUUGCCAUCAUUGCUGUGCCAGGAUCAUUUCAGUAUGGACCUCUUUGUCCCCAGUGGCUCUAGAAUCUCAAGACACAUGGCUGAUGGAAUUAAAUUCUUGAAAAAAAUGGGCAGCUGCUUUAGGAUGAGGUGCUGUCAAAGGGUCAUUUUGAUUUUAAUUGUAGCCUUAGAGCCACCCAGAAUUUUAAGGGUCAACUCAUGAAAUGUCACUGAUCAGCAUCUCAGAGUCACCUAUCUGAUUUGGUAUCCUCAGUCCCCUUGUCCUUGUCCCCUGCUGCAGUCCCAUUCUCUGCCCCCCUCCAUGUUCGUGUUCUCUUUGGUUCUUUAGACUUCCCUCUGUUCUCUUCCUAUAACUCUCUUAACCCCUCAUUACUUCCUUUCCCGCCUCCCAAUUUCUCCAGACAUGUAUAGUUGUAUAGUGUCUAUCCAUGUCUUGGGUCUGGCCAAAACAUGAAGAAAGCCUACCUGGUCAAGGAGCCCAGCCUCUGAGACUCCUUCCUCGCCCCACCUAUCAGUGCAUACCCACUCACCCACAUCUUCUCAUAUUGGAGAAUAAGGGUGGACCUACCAGCACAUGCACUUAGACCCUUCCCUCCUUCCUACAGAUACACUAACCAAGUCAAGCACACUAACCCCUCUUCCAUGCAGCAGAUCCAUUACUGCCACUCACUCACUUGCCAUUGUAAACACUCAGAAUAAGUUGAAGUAUUUUAGGGCCAAACAUAACUGUUUUUGUAAAGUAUUUUUGAAUAAAUCUGAGAGUUCUAUUUAA